AAGAGGAAAAAACUUGCGCACUUACCUCGAUCACCUGAAGGCAGUUAAAAGCCUUUGCGAAAGCGAAAGCGUUAUUUCAGAACACCUAAGCCUAAGUGACUAUGGCUGACCUUCCGCCCGGUUACUAUAGAACGGAGUUAAAUAGAACCGUUUGGGAAGUUCCUGAGAAGUAUCAAGACCUGAGUCCAAUUGGAACCGGCGCGUAUGGACAAGUUUGCUCUGCUACAAACACCACUAAUGGAGAACAAGUGGCAAUCAAGAAACUCUCAAGACCUUUCCAAACCACAAUGCAUGCAAAGAGAUCCUUCAGGGAACUGAAACUUCUUCGCCAUAUGGAUCAUGAAAAUGUAGGUUUAUUGCAUUUCAUAUUAACUUUCUGCUUUUUCCUUCUAACCAAUAGAUAUAUGGUAACUGCUCUGAUGGGAGCUGAUCUGAACAGCAUUCUGAAGUGUCAGAAACUCACCGAUGAACAUGUUCAGUUUCUUGUUUAUCAGAUACUGAGAGGGCUUAAGUACAUCCAUUCAGCUGGAGUUAUUCACAGGGAUCUGAAACCCAGUAAUAUAGCUGUUAAUGAGGAUUGUGAACUCAAGAUUCUUGACUUUGGUUUGGCCAGAAAAGUGGCAGAGGAAAUGACAGGUUAUGUAGCAACAAGAUGGUACAGAGCACCAGAAAUCAUGCUCAACUGGAUGCAUUAUAAUCAAACAGUGGAUAUUUGGUCUGUUGGUUGCAUCAUGGCUGAGCUUCUGACAGGUGAAACACUGUUUCCUGGGAAUGAUCAUAUUGAUCAGUUGACACGAAUUAUAAAAAUUGUUGGGAAACCUGGUAAAGAUUUCCUGGCAAAAAUCAGCAGUGAUUCAGCAAGAAGGUACAUAGCAUCAAUGCCAGAAUAUGAAAAGAGACCAUUUAGAGAGUUUUUUGUUCAUGCUGACCCACAAGCUUUAGAUCUAUUGGAACGGAUGCUAAACCUCGAUCCAGAGGUAAGAAUCACAGCAGAACAAGCCCUCGAACAUCCUUACGUGGCUACUUAUGCAGAUGUAGAGGACGAGCCAAAAUGUGAGCCAUUUGAUGGAGUACCGUUUGAAGCCAAGGACUGGCCAACCGAUAAAUGGAGAGAACUGAUCUACAAAGAAAUCCUUGACUAUCAGUCAAAGAAAGAAGAGGAGAGUGUGCAAACUGGAUAAAGAACAAUUUGGGAAAAGGAAAACAAUCGUUUUCAAAUUAUCCAUAGAGGACGUGAAUAUGAACAAACUUUUACCAAGAAUAUAGGGAGAGUAGGAAGCCUCUGGAAGUUUGGGUGUUCUCUUAAAGCAAUUUUCAGUUGAGUGUCGGAAGUAAUUUGGGGUUGCUUUGGUUUUACUUUGCUUUGCUGUGUGAUGGGUCCAGAAAACUCGCGUCCCAUCCUCUCAACCAAUGAGAUGCAAAACUAAAUACAACCGCGAGUUGGGCAUUCGUUUUUACCCGCGCUUAAAGCAGGUAGCUUGUUUUUGCUUUGAUUUCUCAUUGGCUAAUGAUUAUGGACAUUCAAUCGAAAAAUGCUCCAGUAGUAUCUUUUUUCGGGUGUGUCCUUUGACUGGAAAGUUGUUUUAGUGGUUGUAAAAAUUUGUUCGCAGUUUAAACACUGUCAAGAAAUGAAAUAUCCCUCGUAUUUUAACCUUCUACUCGUUCAGAAGCCGAAAAAUCUUUCUACGUCUAUUUAUAAAUCAAAAC